AGGUACUCGUCUCUCGACUCAAACUAACUCGGAAAAAUUAACUUGGAUUCAUGGCAGAAGAGAGAAAAUAAACCUAUAAAAAAAAAAAAACGAGCAGUCUAGAAAAAAAAAAACUUAGGAAAAACACAAACUUACUGGUAGAUGAAAUAAGACGUAUUAGGGGGAAUCACCCAAAACGAUUCUAGGCAGACGGCGGUUAGUGGGGAGACACGUGCUUACGGCUUAGGCACAGAAGUGUUCUGGGGCUUUUUUUUUUUUAUGUCUAAGGGAGAUCAGCGAAUUGGCGGGCUGUUGUGAAAUCGUCAAGCGUGAGGAAGGACAACUCAUCUACGUACUUGUAACUUUUCAUUCGCCUUACUCAAUCAGUAGAGGAGUUUCUUUUUCUUCGUAACCAGGAAAUACAAAGUUCAAUGUUGUGAUUAAGUUGUGAUUUAAAUAAUGUGUCUUUGAGAAUAAUCAUUCAUUUUUCUUAAAGUGUCAUUCAUAGCUUGGAUUAAUCUGUUGAUUUGGGCUGCAAUUGAAUAACACUUUCAAUAAAAGACCCGCGAUUGACUAUGUCCACUCGCCUGACCUCUGGACGUAAUCUCUUCAGUAAACCCCGGAGUUAACUUGUUCUACAGUCUGUUUGGUGAAGAUAGGCGAGACUCAGACACAAGAGCUCAGGUCGUUUAUACGGACGAGUAGUGUUGAUAUACUAGUGUGUGGACGUAGGCUACUCGGUACUUCUAACACUAUCAAGCUCACACUGCUACACAGAUAUGGACUAUCUGAAAAUGCCCGGCCUUCUAAGGAUUAUAUUCGUUUUUUGUAACAAAAAUUGUAUCACCGUAUUAUUGUGCUGUCUUUUACUUCAACACCAAGAUGGUGUGUCUUCCCAAAGUGACGAAAACGACGUCAGCGUCAAGUAUCAGAAGGAUGGUAACAACGCAAUUCUUACCUGUACGGCCAAGAACAUUGGCUCAAGAAAGAUCAUAUGGACCAAAAUGUCCGAACCGUAUCCACUGACCGUUGGGACUACCAGGUUUACUCCCAGCAGAAAGAUCUCAGUGAAAGUCAACAACAACAAUGUGUCCACGCUGACCAUCAGGAAUGUCCAGCUGAAGGACGCUGGGGAGUACCAGUGCCGUCUGAGUGGACAGGUCUUCGCCGCGGAGGUCAUUACGUUGAGUAUCAAAACCGGUCCGGACUCCACUUUCCUACGAACCACUGCGACUACGGUGUCUGCUCAGGUGGGAGGGACUGCACUGUUACCUUGUGAAGUGGAAAAUAUCAACGACAAACUGGUCUUGUGGAAGUCCAUCAAGGAUGACAUUAUCAGUGUCAGGUCCAAAGUGUAUAUCGGGGAUCAAAGGUUCAGGAUCGUACAUGACCUAGCCCCACAGUGGAGCCUGGAGAUACAGAAACUCAAGGAAUCUGACUUUGGCACUUACAUUUGCAUGGUGAACUCUGACCCUGUGUUGACCAGAUCUGUAAACCUCAGAAAUGCAGCACCACCACAGUCCAGCCCCCAACUGCUUCUAGACAGCCAUUUUAAGAAGCGAAUCACCGCGGACGCUGGACAGACCGUGACCUUGACCUGCAACUUCCAGUCAUCGCCGCCAGCAAAUAUCACGUGGUAUAGAAGGAGAUCAGGAUCGUCUGCUAGAGAAAAGAUUGGUGAGGGCAACAUCCUCAAGUUGGACUCAGUGUCUGUAGAACAAUCUGGAGACUACAUUUGCAUUGGGGAAAAUGGAAAUAAACCUUCAGCCAAAGGAAAGACUAAAUUGAUCGUUGUAGCUCCACCGACUCCAGCUGCAGUGCUAGAGACAACAACAUUCAUACCAAAUGAGCCAACUUCACCGCUACUGUAUGCUCAGAAGAGGACCGGAGUGACCCUCAACACUCACGCCAAACUAAAGUGUCUAGCUGUGGGACUGCCCAGGCCAGAGAUAGUCUGGAAGAAAAGUGGAAAGUUGAUAAUUAAUAAUUUUAAAUACAAGAUUGAGAAUAGUGAGGAGGCCCGCCACGCCCGCCACUCGGAACUCACAAUAAGACAAGCUAUCUCCCAUGACCUUGGAGACUAUGAAUGUGAAGCCUUCAACCAGAUAGGUCUUACGUCAUUGAAGCUGGAACUUUAUGCAUUAGUCUAGAAUCAGCAGCAACUUGAAGGCAUGGAUUGUCUUUGAAAUGUGUUUUAACGUGUAUGACUGAAGGCAUUCGCCGGCAUCCACAUCCACAUCCUCCAUCCUCCUACAUGCUGUGACCUACACGAGACUCUUCACUCACAAUCAACAUUCUGCUAAAGAACUGUCAAUCCAUCUAAAAAUCUUUGUGAAACUUUCCGUCUGUUGAAGACCAGCUGUUACUGAACACAUUUGUUCAAUUCUGUUGUGACUUAUUGGCCCAUAUUCUACAUCUAAAGCCCUAUAUUUACAUAGUCAUCUAUAUAUGUUAGUCAAAACUUUUUUAAAAAUAUGUUAUAUUGUUAAUUAUUGUUCAAUGUUUAAAUAUUGUUAAUGUAGCUUAGUCUUUAUCUGUUUCCGAAAGAAAGAUUAACUAAUAAUUACUCCAUUUAUUUGUUUACUUUUUGAAUAUUGUACUUUUGUAUUAAUCGAGGUUUUUUUUUUAAAUAAUUCACAUGUCAACGUGACCAUGCUGUUUUAUGUAUAUUGUUUGAUCUGUCAUUAUAAUGGAUGAACAUGUCUCUUGCUAGAAAGUGAAACAAAUUCUUUAAUCGGGAUGUAUAUGAUGUAUCGUUUUAGGGAGGCUUGAUGCGAGGGUUUUUUAAAGUUUAGAGUUAUAGAAGAUACAGUUCAUGUCCACUAUGUGCGCAUUUGAAAGCUACACACUGAAACUCUCUUAUGAAGAACAAGUAAAAUUUAAAAUUGGUAAAGACAAACAUCUUUAUGAGCUAAGUUUGAGGUUUGAUAUGAUUACCAAAAAAAAGCAUUAAAUAUAAUUCUGAUACAUACAUAAUGAUAGCAUUAAGUAAAAUAGUUAAAUGAGAGAAAAUGCUGAAUGAAAUGGGACAAAAUAAUGGACAGGCCUGACCAGAGCACAAACCUGAGACACUCUGCUCCCCCUGGUAACUAUGUACAAGUUGAACAUACCACAGGACAGUUCAGAGGUCGCAGUCCUGCACUUCUGCUUUUAAGAGUUCAACAAUAUGGUUGGUUGUGUGGUCUAUUGGCCUUGUUAGGGUAGUUGCUAGAUGGAUUUGGAGGAGUCACAGGGCCUGAGUUUAGAACUACUCAUUAUUUUACCAUAUUUAAUUUACAAUUUUCUCUCCUUAAAAUUAUUAUACCUAAUGCUGCCACUGUUUAAUGUAACAUGUUUGCAUCAUUCAUUGUUUUAGCACAUAGCUGUUCAUUCGUAAUUACAAAAUUGAGCAGUGAGGAUUUGUAUUUAAAAAAAAAGCUUUUGAGGUUAAUAGUAUGACUGUUGAUCUUUGCUAACAGUUUAUUAGAAAGUUGAAUUUUUUUUUUCUUAUUUUAAUUUGUUCCAUUGACGUAGCUGGACACGUUUUGGAGUUUUUGAAAAUCCGGACCACAACUUCCUGUGAAUCACAAUGUCCGUCUACCACCAAGUGGACUUAACCUACUUCUUUUCUAACAUCAAAUGGCACAGAAAUCUUGUUUCAAAAUGAACUAAAGCCUUUGAGUUCUUUUUUAAUAAAAGGGAAAAGCUGACGAUUAAUACAACAACAAAACUUAUUUCUUAUUGACUGUCUACUUUAAUUGUUAAAUUUUCAACUCAAUAAGACGAAGUAAUAAUAGGACGAGGUAGAAAUACAAAUAAGGUGAAUUAUAAAUAAGAUGAAAUAGAAAUAAGAUGAAGUAGAAAUAAGAUGCAAUAGAAUAAGAUUAAGUAGAGAGAACAAUGUAGGUCUAUUUGGUGUUUGUUUUUUAAGUUCAACCUCAUUGUCAGAAAAAUAAAAAAGCUACAACUAAAAUAAUAACAUAUUUUAUUUGUGAAUGAAAAUUUCUUUUACAUAGAGAAAUUUCUUGAAUAUGUAACCGUGUAAAUACACAAUUUAAAACGUUGGUAUCAAUGAUUUUUUUUAAUAAAUAAUGUUUCUUUGAUUCA